CGCCGCGGGCGCGCAUCCUGCGCUGCGCCUCCGCGCUGCUCCUCCGGUAUAAGGAAAUGCUAGAUCUAGUGAUACCACCCAGCCUGACUGUAAAUAGAGAGUGCCCUGACAGAUUGAAGCUUAACCUUUCUAACAUUUAUGCCACGGCUCCAGAUGACAUAGAAGGCAACAGCAAAGCAACUCCACAUUGUCCUCUCCAUCUGUACUCCACAAAACAUUAUCCCCAUAUAGUGACAGUCUCAUCAUUCCCAACAAUGGCAACAUAUGGACAGACUCAGUACAGCACGGGAAUCCAACAGGCUGCUGCAUACACUGCCUACCCUGCUCCUGGGCAGCCCUAUGGCAUACCCUCCUACAGCAUCAAAACGGAGGACAGCCUGAGCCAUUCCCCGGGACAGAGUGGGUUUCUUAGCUAUGGAUCCAGCUUCAGUACCCCGACUGCUGGACAAGCACCAUACACCUACCAGAUGCAUGGCACAACAGGGAUUUACCAGGGAGCCAAUGGCCUGACAAAUUCUGCUGGAUUCAGUGCUGUGCAUCAGGAAUAUUCAUCAUACCCAAGCUUUCCUCAAAGCCAGUACUCACAGUAUUACAGCUCCUCCUACAACUCUCCCUACAUGUCCACAAACAGCAUCAGCCCUUCAGCCAUCCCAACCUCCACUUAUUCACUGCAGGAGUCUUCUCACAAUAUCACCAGUCAGAGCACAGAAUCGCUCUCUGGGGAAUAUACAACAACACCAGCAAAAGAUAUAGAAACAGACAGACAUCACAGAGGUUCAGAUGGCAAGGUACGAGCCCGAUCAAAAAGAAGCAACGAUCCUUCCCCUACUGCUGACAGUGAGAUUGAGCGUGUAUUUGUGUGGGAUUUGGAUGAGACGAUAAUUAUUUUUCACUCCUUACUCACGGGAACCUUUGCAUCCAGAUAUGGGAAGGACACUACAACGUCUGUGCGGAUAGGUCUUAUGAUGGAAGAAAUGAUCUUCAACCUUGCAGAUACACAUCUGUUCUUUAAUGACCUGGAGGACUGUGACCAGAUCCACAUAGAUGAUGUAUCGUCAGAUGAUAAUGGUCAAGAUCUAAGCACGUAUAACUUCUCUGCAGAUGGCUUUCACAGUUCAACUGCCAGUGCAAAUCUAUGUCUGGGCUCAGGCGUUCAUGGGGGAGUUGACUGGAUGAGGAAAUUAGCAUUCCGCUACCGCCGGGUGAAAGAGAUGUACAACACCUACAAAAACAAUGUAGGGGGUUUAAUAGGAGCUCCUAAGAGGGAAACCUGGCUGCAGUUAAGAGCAGAACUUGAAGCGCUGACUGAUCUCUGGCUCACACAUGCUCUGAAGGCGCUGAAUUUGAUACAUUCCCGGCCUAACUGUGUGAAUGUGUUGGUCACCACAACUCAGCUUAUACCAGCUCUUGCAAAAGUUCUUCUCUAUGGCCUGGGCACUGUCUUCCCCAUUGAAAACAUUUACAGUGCAACAAAAACAGGGAAAGAAAGCUGUUUUGAAAGAAUAAUGCAAAGGUUUGGAAGGAAAGCCGUGUACAUUGUAAUAGGAGAUGGUGUUGAAGAGGAACAGGGAGCAAAAAAGUAGGCUGUAAGAGGAGAGAAGCUGGGGGGAGCUCGGAGGAAGUACAAGCAAAAUUUAAGAAGACCAAAGCCCAUGUUCUGGUUACAAUGAUUUAGGAGGAAAAAAUGUGAUUUAGAGUUACAGCAGGGAGUACCUUCUGCCAUGCACAAAUGAUGUCAGUCUAUCAGAGAAACACAAGAAUGGUAGCAAGAUAUGGAGAGGAACAACUGAAGACAGAAAGUAGUCACAUAUAUCAACUAAAUUGUACGACAUGAGAAUUGCAGUGCCACAGUUUUCAUUUCCUAUUUUGCCUUGCUAAUAAAACAACAAAUCCUACCCCUUUGAAAACUGCUCAAAUUUGCAGAGGGUCCUCUAGUUCAUGAAGGGUUAAGGCAUCCUCAGAGAUGAGUCCAGAAUGCAUGACUGGGAAUGAAGUGAUAAUAGCCUGCUGCUUUUGACAGCCCAGUGCCAUACUUCAAAGGUAGUGGGUCAGUGAACAUGACUGCAUCAAAGGCCACCAGACUCCCUGGCAGUAUGAAGAUGUGGAAAGGUUCAGCGGGCUCAUAUAGGCAGGAUUUCAAGAGCCCUCUUGCUUGUGUUUCCUGGCCUAAGCAGCUCUCCCAUUAGCAGAGCACAUUCUUUGCUGGGCUGUCACCUCCUUUGAUUGAUGACAAUCAUUAGUCAAGGCUUCUACACACCUGAGCUCUAUACAAAAAAAAAAAAAAAGGUGGGGAGAGAGGGCAGGCAAAGAGCCUUUCACUGUUUUGCCGACAGCACUGAUAAUAUCUCCUUUUUUUAGUGGGUCAUUUUUCUUCACCUGUCUGGUGAGUGAUAAAUCUGUAAAUGCUGAGCAGCAGGAGAGGCUGGGAGGCCAAGUUUUCUUCCCUUUAAAGAAGGAAAAGUAGAUAAUUUAAUGGGAGGGGUUUAAUAAUAACCAGGGGAAGGGAAGGGAGAAGGAAGUAACUCUUCCCCUUAAAGUGAAAUUGCAGAGCAAUGGAUUCCAGUCACUUCAGAGGUCUGUGUUUGCUUGCUGUCUCUACACACACUGAUGAAUAGCUUGAAGGAAGCAUUUGUUUACUGAUAGGCAACAUACCAGAGGGAAACUUGAGUUGUAUUUAAACAUUAGAUGAGUGUCAAUAGACACUCUGUAAAAUAAACACCUGGAAACACUGGAGGUUUUUUUUAUAUGGGUAGGUAGACUUGGAAAAGGAUUUUCUCCCUUCAUCAGCAUCAUCUCUUUUUUAAGGCUUUGUUUACGCUAUUUAUUCAGAAACAGUAUGUUUACAGUGAUAAAUUCAGACAUUAUUCUCACACUAGAAAGGGAAUAAACUUUGUCAAUUAAGGCUUUGUUACUGCAUAAUUCCUACUGACUGUACAGAAACCUGUAUUUUGGGAGGAAGCUAAGAAAACCACAAUCUUACCAUAAAAUCUAAGUGCAAGUACAAGCUGUGUAUCUUUGAUCUAAAGUAAAAUUGUUUGAAUUGUUUUGGAUAAGAAACAAAUGCAGCUCAAACCACAGGCUGACCAGAACAUACCUAGAAGAGUUGAUUUUAACAUUUAAAAGCAAGUUCUAAUUAUUUUGAUAUUUUCACAUAAAAAGUGGCCACAGCAAUUGCAGCUACUGCUAAUCUUUACGGAGCUAUGUUGUUAGCACUGGACUUUGAUAGUACCAUUUAUACCUUACCAGAUUACAGUUUCCAUCUCAGGUCCCUUGUUUAAUUGAAUCUCCCUUGUUUCACAGCCCUUACAAAAAGCUGGAACCUUGUCCUCUUUCAGAGAUGUUUUUUUUUUCCUACAGUAUAUUUACAAUUCUCAGUAGAUGAUCUUGAUAUCAUAAAGAAGCUAAUAGUAGGUCACAGAUAGCUGACUUGUCCAGAUGCUAGGAUAUCAAGUGGCAUGACUGGUUAGAACUUGGACAUUUGUAUACAUGACCUCAGAUUUAUCACAAUAUGAAUUGAAGAACAGGGAGGCAGGAGAAGUACAUAUGAUAGUGUCUCAAAAAUGAGAAUUGGGAGACUUUGUUGAGGACAGAUUGUCAUAUAAACCUAUUGCACCUUUCUCUGAGGCAGCAGUGUUACACUAAAUGAACAAUUGAUCUGACCAAUAAUACCAGUUCCUACCUUUCCAGGAAAUGCAGCAUGACCUAUUGUUCCAGUUAAUUUGGAAAGGGAAUUAAUUGUUAGAAAGCAUUUUGUCUCUGUAUGGUAUUACAUUUUUGUAAGUUUAAAUAACUUCAUUUUGUGAUAAAUAUAUUGUUUACUUGGCUGUGAUGCACUGGCUUUCACUUGCAGCAAACAGAAUAACUUUGAACCUUGUGUUAGAGGAUAGGAUUACGAUGCUUUCUGGAGAGUUUGAUUCCUGUAUAGCUUGUUACUAUAGGCAAACAUCACUAAGUGGCAAGAAAAUUGUUUCUAAGAGUACUUAAAUUCUAGAAACUUUCUUAAUUAAUCCCCCCUCAAAAAAUAGGAGGGUAAAGUUUAGUGUCUAGUACAUACAGAAAGCCUGCCCACAUCCUCCAUCAUCCCUGAAGCAGGACACUCACAAAUUAUGGCAGAUCUUUCCUUCCUCUCGGCAUAGGAGAAAUGCAUCAGCAAAUAGAAACUCCCUUCUCCCUUCCUUUCUCUCUAAGAUGAGCCUCCUUGCCUGUGACACCAUGACAACCCAGUGGCCUGAGUACAAAGCUCUGUUCCUGAGGGUGCAAAUUAAGAAAUUUAUUUUCAUCUCAGUAUUAACCACCAACAACAACAAAAACAAAACAAAACAAAAAACCCUCUUUUGGUUUCACUCUAGCACAACAUGCCAUUCUGGAGAAUCUCUUGUCAUGCUGACCUGGAAGCUCUUCGGCACGCCUUGGAACUUGAAUAUUUGUAGCAGACCCCAACAUCUUAGCACUGUGAGGGCUUCACUCAAACUAUUACAUCGGUUCCGCCUAUUCCUCAGCAUUUUCUUA